UACUGUUUCAUUACGAUAACUUUUAUUUUGCAGAAUUAUUAUUUACAAAUACAGCAAUAUUGCCGGGAAUAACAUUUCGUGCCUAAAAAGAUUGAACAAAUUGAGACUUUGUCUAUAGAUUCUAAGGAAAUUUUCGAUGCAACGAAGAUAAACUCUGAUUCAGACGAUGGAGAAUCAGAGGAGGACCAGUGAGGCUGCACUAAGGUGGAGAAAAAUUUAAGCAACAAUGCAGAUCAGGUGGUUGUUAAAAAUCCUCAACAAAAUACCAACGAACAACUCAUUCGAUUUGCACCUAUGAUUAUGGAUCCUUUUGCUAGCUUGGUCCCAGGGAAAAACCGAUCCAAACCGAACCAUGAACACCCCUAGGUGUGACAAUGGGCGGGGACAUAAUCUUCCUGGAUUUUUGUUGUGCAAAUUGCGAGUGCCUGCUCGGGAGGAGAAAGUACAGGGGGUGCUCCAGUCAAUUGCUCAAAGUUACUCCAAGCAGUCACCAAAUAUUCGGGUCAAUAGAGUCGUUAGGCUCUUGUUUGCGAUGUCUAGUCUAGUUCAUAAAGCAAGAUCUACUUCGCCAUAUAUUAUUUUUGAUCCUGGUGGGGUUAAUACUUCUCUUUGUGCGACGAGCGAGCAAUUGCUCUUUAGAUUAGUGAAAUACCUCACCAUAGAAUAUUAUGAUGCCACGCAACAUCACAUGAAGAUGCAGCCCGCAGCAGCUGCACUUGCUGCCAUGUUACAUGAGUGGGAAGUACUAGAAUUGAGGAGUGCGUAUAAAUUGAAGCUUCAGGCAGUGCAAGGUGUUGGUUACAUAUUUUCCGGUGUCACAAAAAAUGGUGCAAUCGAGAGAUAUGGUGGAGAGGAAGCUUCUAAAACUGUUUAUCCGUAUUUCAAGGUGGAUAAUUUUAGCGUCGACAGGUCUGAACAUGUUAAGGGGUGGUGUCUGUAUUAUAGUGCUUUCAGAAUUCCUUUUGAUCCUAGUAGUGCUCUUGAUGGAGUUCUCGGCAUCCAAUUAUCCGAGGCAAUUCCUUCAUUGUGGCAUAUCAUGUGAAUAUUGCUUUUGAUAGAGAAGGAAAUGACUUUACUGUGACCACAACGGAUUCCACUGCGGACUCCUUUCCACUAGUGCAAGCUAACACAAUGGCUCUUUCCUUUUCACCAGAAACUUAGGCCGAAGAAGAAUGGACAGCUAGGGGCAUUGUAGAUACUAUCACCAUUUUGAUAAGCUAUAUGAGGAUUUCUAUUUCUAUAUGCAUUACAUUGGGUGAUAAUCCAUGCUUAUCCUCUUCUUAUAAUUCAUUACAGUUAAAGGCUUUGACUGAUUGGGAAAUUUACAAUAACUUGGUGGGAGAGUUUCAAGUACAGCAAAAAGUCAGUUUCCAUUUAACCAAGUUUAUGAUUUGGUUGAGGUUAGCUACUAGAAUGUUUACCUGGGAUCUCUCAUUUAGCUUACGGCUAAAUGCUUCUACAAGGUGGCAAGCAAAGACAUAUACAUGGCAGAUUACAAUGGCAGUCCAGUUAACACAUCUGGUGCUAUCUAUUAAGGGACACAAUGACCAAUGUUUUGAUUGGUUCAUAACAAAUGUAUUAGAUCAUAUAUUUUCCUCAAGGCGUAAAGCAUGCCUUGGUUUUGAGAUAAUUGGUUGGGAGCUUGUGAGCAUCAAUAUUCUUGACUUGAACCUUGAGGAUAAGAUUCUUAUUGAGGACGGGAGUAUUGUUAUGAAUCAAUACCAGCCCAAUCUCACACAAGUAGCUAUUGGGCUGACUAGAGUUAUUGGGCCGAGAACAAGCAGCAGGGCCAGAUUAAUUUGUUAUCCUGGUUGAGUAGUAGGUGUAAGAAUGGUUCUAUUAUAAGGGCUGAUGGUCUGUGAUUUGGGGUUAUGCAUAUUGUUAGAGUAAAAUGUCUGUUUCACCUCAUUUUCCUUCUCGAGUGUUCUGUAUCCUCUCAUCCCCAUUCUUAGUCUGAGCUUCUCAUCCCUUCUUCUCUAUU